AUGUCCGGCUCCUACACCUACAAGUUCGAUGUCACCAUGACCUGCGGGGGCUGCUCCGGCGCCGUUGACCGCGUCCUCAAGAGACUCAAAGAGAACGAAUCAAACAUCGUAUCCUACACAGUCCUCCUCGAUGAAAAGAGCGCCAACGUCACCGUCGAUGAUGAGUCCCCUGCCCUUUACGAAAAGAUCCUCCGAACAAUCAAGAAGACUGGCAAGGGUGUCAACUCCUGCGUGGAAUUGGACAGCAAUGGGAACAAGAUUCGUGACGUGGAUGUUGUGCUUAAGGACGAGUAA